AUGGAAGGCAUGUACGAGCCUCACAACCAUUACAGAUCCAAACCAAACAAGAACACCACUCUAGCUUCAUGUUUCGUAGCCACGCUGUUCUUGAUCUUCAUCGGCACUGCUCUACUCAUCGUCUACUUUCUCAUCUUCAAACCAAAGACUCCCAAGAUCGCCGUCGACGCCGUCCAGUUCCCCACCUUCGCCAUCUCAAACGCCACCGUUAACUUCACAUUCUUCCAAUUCGUCUCCGUCACCAACCCUAACCGUGAAGCUUUCACUCACUAUGACAGUUCGCUUCAGCUCGCCUACUCCAACGGCAAUGCACCUCUCGGUUUUGUUUUCAUCCCUGCAGGAAAAAUCGACGGAGGCCAUACACAGCACAUGUCGGCGAAGUUCUCUGUACAGUCUUUUCCGCUUCCGGAGAGACCGUCGCCGUCGACGGUGACAGCAAUUGGAGGUGAUGGUGGAAUGGAGUUUGGAGUUGUUGGACCAACAAUGGAGAUCGAGACGAGGAUGAAAUUGGUUGGCAGGGUUAGGGUCUUGAAGAUAUUUACGCAUAGAGUUGAAAGUGGGAUUAAUUGUGGAGUAGCCAUUGAAGUAAGAAGUGGAUCUGUGUUAGGGUUUCAUUGCUAG